AUGGAGGCCGAGAUGGGAGAGAUGCAUCUACAAACCAAGGAACAGCAGGGAUUUCUGGCCACGUCAGAUGCUAGGAGACAGCAUCCUGGCCGGCGGCCGCAGGGUCGCGCGUUCGGACCAGGCGGCCGGACUUUUCCCGCAGCUCCUCGUCGCAGACGGGACAGCGAGCGGCUGCCGCCCCCCGCCCGGCCGCCAACGCCGCCGCCGCUGCAAAAUAAGGGCUACUCCGCUCCUGGAGCCGGGCGGCUGCAAACUUCCCCUGUUUUGCACGUACCUCCUUCUGCCAACUUGAACGUCCUUCCUCGCAGGGGGACCGGGGAAAACCAUUACAGCGUCCCAGGGAACGGCGGCGAAGGGCACCCUCGCAAGGAAAGACCCGCGCCUCCGCCAGGGACGCCCGUUCGCGCAGGUGGGCAGCACCGCUGCCGGCGGGUCCGCCCCCCUCCCGCCCCCCUCGGCCGGCGCUGCCCAGGCUGCGGGGAGGGCGGCUGCAGCGGCCACGGGCAGCGCCAAGAGGACCCGGGCAGCCCGCGCCAGCCGCGCGGGAAGGCGGCACGUACCUUGCUGCGGUCGCCGGGCGCCGAGCCCGAGCCGGGAGCGUGGCGGGGGGCGGCGGGGCGGGGGCGCAGGGCGCCGCCGGGCGCUCGGCCCGGAGAACUUGGGCAGAGCCUCCGCCGCGGUCUCCGCCGGCGGCGCGAGCAACACGUCCGGUUUGAACUUUCCAGCUCCGGGCCCGGCGAAUACGCGCUCACGCACGGACAAGCGCGCGCCGGCAGAGCCUCUCAGGGGCGAGCCAAGCGGCCCCGGGGCCUCCGCGGCCGCGUCCUCCGCGCUGCCCGGCUCUCAUUGGCGCGGAGGUUCCUGCGCUAUUUAUUUAUUUCCUCCUCCUCGCUCCUUCCCCCGCCCGCGCGCGCGCGCGCGCGCGCCCCUCCUCCGCCCCUCGGUCCGCGCGGCCGGCCGCCGGGGCUCCGGCUGCGGCGCGGCGGGGAUGCGCGCCGGGCGGGCCGGGAGAGAGAGAGAGGGCGCCGGGCUGCGCGGAGGAGGCGAGGGGCGCGAGGCCGAGGAGGCGCGGGGCGGACGCGGGCGAAGGCUGCGCCGCGGCUCCCCGGCCCGGGCCGAGCCCCUGCGCGCCCGGACGCCGCCUCUGCUGCCCGCCCCGCGGCUGGCCCCAGCCCCCCGGGGACGCUGCGACGUGCCACCGCCGGCCAGCCAGGGGAGCGCGAGCCGGCCCUUUCUCAGUGGUGGCUUAGGCGCUGCGCGGUGCGGCUUCGCUCUCCGCACGGUCCUCGGCCCGGACCGUCGGGAGAGCCGCCGUCCACCCCGGGGAGGCGGCGGGCUGAGCCCUGGCAGGGAACGCGGCGCUGGCUCCGGACCGCAGGCUCCGCGCGCGCUCUGGGACGCCCCCGCCACGCUCCGAAGCCGCCCCGCCACGAGCUCCGAGCGCCCAUGCCUCUGCUGCUGCGGUUCGCCCGCAGAUGA